AUGUAUGCUCAUUCCUCCCUAUCAGAAAUUUCUCAAGGACGCUGUAACCGAGAAGAAAAGAGGUUCAGGGUAUGGUCGUUCUUUCUCAGGAAUGUAGCGCAAUCAUCACUAGGAAAGUGGUUGGGAAGAAGUUUGAGGAUCCAGGCAGCUUCACUCUUCCUUGUUCUAUUGGUCCCGAUGACAUUCAACCGAAGCUUAUGUGAUCUUGGAGCAGGCGUAUCUGUGAUGCCACUCACAGUAGCUAAGAGGCUUGGGUUCGAGAAGUAUCAAAAGUGCGACGUUUCCUUGGUACUUGCGGAUAGAUCAGUACGCAUCCCAGUGAGAGGGAAGAUUGAGCUAAACUUUGGAGAUGACUUCAAGCUCAGCUUCGACAUCAAGAGGUCGAUGAAGAAACCAACCAUUGAUGGACAGCUCUUCUGGGUCUUUUGGAGCAUUUGGAGCAUAUGGGACGUGAGGAGCAGGAAGGACUUGGUGCAUGGACGCAGCUCAACUGGAUACGCAAAGGAAGAAGGAGGAAGCCAUCUUGAAGACCAGCUCGACCACCUACUCGACCAACCGGUCGAGUUCCUCAACUCGACCGGCCAAGCUUCAACUCGAUCGAGCUGA